CAGCUAACGAGGAACAAAUCUACGGUUUCCACGGCGCAGGCGCAGCCUCCUCCGUUCUUUCCGUUCCGCAGCCAUCUCGAGCUAUCAACGUGCCGAUUCUGUGAAGAAAAAUGGAGAACGAUUUGGGAAAUCUGGUCGACUUGUACAUCCCCCGAAAAUGCUCGGCGAGUAACCGUAUCAUCCACGCCAAGGAUCACGCGUCUAUACAGCUGAGCCUGGCCGAUGUCGAUCCAGAAACGGGACGCAUGACCGAUACCCACAAGAUGUACGCAAUCUGUGGAGCAAUUCGUCGAAUGGGAGAAUCCGACGAUUGCAUCGUGAGAUUGACGAAAAACGAUGGAUUAUUAUCUAAGAACUUUUAAUCUAAGUUAUGCGACACGUUUAUUUUCAAUAAAUUAAAAAAGAUAAAAUAGA